AUGCCAUUCCAAAUGACUAUAAAUAACAGGCCUAAUGUGUUUAAUGCCUGAUGUGUUAUUCUUUUUGAAGAAUUGCAGAAUAUCAUCUACAUAACUUCACUGCUGCUCUUCAGGCCCUCACAGCUGGAAAAGAGCUUGAUUGCUCUGUUGAAGGAUUUCAAACAUGGAUCCAGCACUGUGAGAACAAAAUAGCGACACACGUUCCAGACAAUACUUCAGAUUUGCAAACUACAACCCUUUCUGUCAAACAUGACUGGUACCAGACAGAGUCUCAUGUUGCAGUGAUCAUCAUGGUAAAAAACGCCAAGAAGGAGGAUGUAACUGUCUGCUUUGGUGAGAGAGAGCUGACAGCUGUGAUAAAGCUUCCAUCAGGAGAAAAUUACAGCCUAAAGGUCCAUCUUCUGCAUCCUGUUGUCACACAACAGAGUACAUACAGGAUCCUUUCAACCAAGAUAGAGAUUAAGAUGAAGAAGACUGCAGCCAUACAUUGGGAGAAACUGCAAGGAGAAGGCACACUUUCUAACGUGAAGCACUUUACUCCCAACCAGUAUCCAUCAUCCUCCCACUACACACGCAACUGGGACAAGUUGGUGGGUGAAAUAAAAGAGGAGGAAAAGAACGAGAACCUGGAGGGGGAUGCUGCUCUCAAUAAGCUGUUCCAGCAGAUCUACUCAGACGGCUCUGACGAUGUCAAGCGGGCAAUGAACAAAUCCUUUAUGGAAUCAGGAGGCACAGUCCUCAGCACCAAUUGGAUAGAUGUCGGUAAACGGAAAGUAGAGAUGAACCCACCUGAUGAUGUAGAGUGGAAGAAGUAUUAAAAGGAGUGGAUGACAUCUUGCACACUAACAUCACCAGUUGUCCUAAUGUCCUUAUGCUGUUUUUUCAUUUGGUUCUUUUUGCUUUCACACUUUCACACUGCUUUCUCCUUUGUCAGACCCAGAAUAGUCCUGGGCUACAAAAGCAUUGUAAGUCUAAGUAGAUCAUAGAACCAUUGCCAACAAUGGUCUCUACGAUCAACUUGGCUCACAGUGCUUUUGAGAAAUGCAGUCCUGGACUAAAAUGUAAUUUAAAAUGAUUCUUCUUUAAAAUAAAACUUCUCAGUCAAAAAUUAGCUUUAGUCUGGAACCAAACUAGCCCAUUACAUUUUUAAAGCAUCACGCAUGUUUUAAAAAUCACACAUUUAAAGCAACCGUUGAGUAGCUUUAAUAAAAAGCUCUUUAGCCACACUGAAUAUCUUAGGCUAUGUUAGGUCUCCAUCUGUGAAACAUAUGUGCCUCAAUUAAUGUUGAUUUCUGUUUUAAUGUAUUUCAUGGUUUCCUAAAUAUGAUUUCAACAUGCUGUAAAUAAAUUUUUUUGUUCUCUGA